AUGGCUCCUAAGCAGGCGAGUACAGGUAUUGUUGUUGGAUUGAACAAGGGCCAUAUCGUUACCAAGAAGGAGUUGGCUCCACGCCCAUCCAGUCGUAAAGGGAAAACAAGCAAGCGUGUGCACUUUGUAAGGAACCUCAUCCGUGAAGUUGCUGGCUUUGCGCCUUAUGAAAAGCGAAUCACUGAAUUGCUGAAGGUCGGAAAGGAUAAGAGGGCACUGAAAGUUGCAAAGAGAAAGCUUGGAACCCAUAAGCGUGCAAAGAAGAAGCGUGAGGAGAUGUCCAACGUUCUCCGAAAGAUGAGGGCUGGUGGAGCAGGUGAUAAGAAGAAAUAA